ACAAAAUUAAAAAUAAAAGUGUCAAAAUACGCGCCAAAAAUAUUGUGCUGUUGUGGUUACAAAUAAACAAGAUUAUUUCGUGUUUUGUGCAAAUGUGAUUGUCCUUACUGUUUUGUGAGAUAAAUAAGUGUUAAUUAAAUAAAUAAUAGAUUAGUAUAAUAAUGUCUACUCCAUCAAAACGCCCGCCGUCACAAGCCUCAUCCGAGGCCCCAACACCUUCAAGGAGGACACGCUCAUCUCAACAGCUCGUCGUGCCGGAGACUCCCCAGCGAUCCACCGGUACACCAUCUAAAGAUGGAACCCCAGGCACUCCGCGGCGCACCCCGCGGACCCCGCGCACCCCCGGCGGCGCCUCGGCCUCGUCCCCGGCGCGAGCGCUGGCUUCAAGUCCUCUGGGUACAGACAUAGACAUGAGUUCUCCACUCAACUAUGGAACCCCAAGCUCUCUUAGUACUCCCCGCUCACUGAUGCGAGGUGCCAUGACGCCGGCCCGCCAGAGAGCCGACCUUAGAGGCCAUCAGCUGGCCCCUAACGUGCCUGCGCCUACUCCUACAAGACGGGCAGAAGAUGGUGCCGCCGAAACUGCGCCAUCCAGUGAGCCCCAACUGGUGGUGUGGGGAACAGACGUGGCCAUCACAGAGUGCCGCGAGAAAUUCAUCAAGUUCAUCCAACGGUUCGUCGAACCCACCGCAAUCACCAACGAACCCUUAUACGAACAGAAGUUAGAAGAGAUCUUUACCCUCGAAGAACCAUUCCUGGAUGUAGAUUGCGAUCACGUCAGAGUAUUCGACCCUAAACUGCACAGGCAGCUAAUCUGCUACCCACAAGAGGUGGUUCCAGCGUUUGACGCGGCAGUAAACGAGUUGUUCUUCGAGAAAUACCCAGCGGCCGUGCUUGAGCAUCAGAUACAAGUUCGUCCGUUCAAUGCUCCUCAGAGACACAUGCGAGAUCUAAAUCCAGAGGACAUCGACCAGCUGGUAACAAUAUCGGGCAUGGUGAUCCGCACGUCAACUAUCGUUCCCGAGAUGCGCGAAGCUUACUUUCGUUGCGCCGUCUGUGGCUCGGCCACCGCGGCGGAGUUGGAGCGAGGUCGCGUGCCGGAACCGGCUCACUGCUCGCACUGCAGCACGGCGCAUUGCUUCCAGCUUAUCCACAACCGCUCGCACUUCAGCGAUAAACAGCUGGUCAAGCUUCAGGAGUCGCCUGACGACAUGCCAGCCGGUCGCACGCCAGCCACAGUGAGCGUCAUGGCUCACGGAGCCCUAGUGGAAUGCGUAGGCGCAGGCGAGCGUGUGAGCGUGACUGGCGUAUUCCGUGCUGCACCCGCUUCUGUUAACCCGCGUAAAGCCACGCUGAAGGCGCUGCAUAGAACACAUAUUGACGCCCUGCAUUACAAGAAAGUACAUAGCGAUAGGCUGCUGGAAACAGAAGAAGGAAAAGAACACCGCUUCCCGCCAGAACGUAUUGAGCUGUUCAAGGCCCUAGCAAGCCAGCCGGACUGUUACGAGCGUCUAGCGCGAGCCAUAGCGCCUUCCAUCUACGAGAACAUUGACAUCAAGAAGGGCGUGUUGCUGCAACUGCUGGGCGGCACCAAGAAGAACUUUAACGCUGCUGGGAGAACUCAUUUCAGGUCGGAGAUCAACAUCUUACUGUGCGGCGACCCGGGCACCAGCAAGUCGCAGCUGCUGCGCUGGGUGCACGCGCUCGUGCCGCGCGCGCAGUACACGUCGGGCCGCGGCUCCUCCGCCGUCGGGCUCACCGCCUACGUCACCAAGGACCCCGACACGCGCCAGCUGGUGUUGCAAACAGGUGCAUUGGUACUUGCUGACAACGGAAUAUGCUGCAUUGAUGAAUUUGACAAAAUGAACGACUCCACUCGCAGUGUUCUUCAUGAGGUAAUGGAACAGCAGACAUUGUCAAUCGCCAAAGCGGGUAUCAUCUGCCAACUGAACGCUCGCACGUCGAUCCUGGCAGCCGCCAACCCCGCCGAAUCUCAGUGGAAUAAAAAUAAGACCAUUGUUGAGAACGUACAGCUACCACAUACAUUGAUGUCCAGAUUCGACCUGAUAUUCUUAGUGCUGGACCCGCAAGACGAGGUGUUCGACAGGCGGCUGGCCACGCAUCUGGUCUCGCUGUACUACAAGGACCCCGCUGACGCUCAAGAUGAGGAAGACGUUGUUGACAUGGCGUUGAUGCGCGAUUACAUCGUGUUCGCGAAGGAACACGUGCAGCCGACGCUUAGUGAAGCGGCGCAGCAGAGACUAAUUGACGCCUACGUCGAUAUGAGGCGCGUUGGCAGCGGGCGCGGGCAGAUCUCCGCCUACCCUCGUCAGCUGGAAUCGCUCAUCCGUUUAGCCGAGGCGCACGCGCGAAUGCGGCUCUCCUCCGUCGUCGAGUUAUCAGACGUCGACGAGGCCGCCAGACUCCACCGCGAAGCGCUAAAGCAGUCAGCGACCGACCCGGCGUCAGGUCGCAUCGACGUGGGCAUCUUAACCACAGGCCUGGGAGCCGCCGCGCGCAGACGCCGCGCCGACCUGGUAGCGGCGCUCAAGGACCUCAUGCAGCCUUACUCUAAGGCGCACACCAUCACGCACGCGAAGAUACUGCAGGAGAUCAACGCCAACUCGCAGCUUACGGUAUCGCGCGAUUUGCUGGACGAAGCGCUGCGGGACCUGCAAGACGAAGGGAAGGUGGUGGUGGUCAGCCACACCCACCUGCGGUUAUGUUAACGUCUCCACUGUAUUUGUAAGAACAUUUUGUAAUUCGAAUAAACGGUUAUUCUUUA